GUGAGACAUUGAGAGCCUCACCCUCCACCAUCCACCGGAUUCAAUUCAAUGCUAUAGAUCUCACCAAACCGCCACGGGUCGGUACCCGCCAGAGCAUCAAAACCCUUCCAACACCGCCACGUGUCGGUAUCUGCAAACCGACCCAAAGGGGGGGCAAAAGGAGAAAAAUCUCUCAAAGGCGCUUUGAUAUUUUCCUCUGUGUUUUUUUCUCUCGUGUGUGCGCUUUUCCAUGGGGGCCUCAAAGCUAGCGACUUUGUUCAUCUUUUUUGCCCUAAUUUUCUGUAAAAUUAGGGCGGAUGCUUCAAUCGAUGAAGUUGAUCAGCCGCAGGGAGUCGUCUUAUCGGAAUCUUCUGAAUCGGAGGCGUUGAAGAUCGAAUUGGCACUUCUCCAGGAGAAGAUCCAAACGCUUGAAACCCACAUUGAUGAGAGAAGCAAAGAAUUGAAAAGCAAGGAUGAGAUCAUUGCACAGAAAGAGAAAAUUGUUCAAGAGAAGUCAAAUAGCAUUACACAGUUGCAAAAUGAAAUAGUAUCCCUACAGAAAAAAGGGACAUCAGAUGCUGAGGAGCAGUUGGGAAAGGCUUAUGCGAGGGCUAGUGAACUAGAGAAGCAGGUUGACAAGCUUAAAAAAGAAAUAGAGACUCAACAAAAGGAGAAAGCUGCCUUGGAAUCCCGAGCAAAUGAAGCUGAGAGGAAGACACGUGAAUUGAACUCAAAAGUAGAGAGUCUUAAAAAGAUCACUGAUGAACAGAAAACGAGAAUCCGUAAAACUGAACGUGCUCUUCAAGUAGCUGAGGAAGAAAUGAUGAAAGCAAAGUUUGAUGCCAAUUCAAAAACCAAAGAAUUAAUGGAGGUUCAUGGUGCAUGGCUUCCACCUUGGUUUGCAAAUCAUUUAAUUAGUUGUCAGUCCUUCAUGGAGGUGCACUGGAACAAGCAUGGGAAACCCGCUCUGGAUACAUUGACUCAAAAGGCGCUGGAGAAAAAGGCCCAAGCUCAAAAAUGGUCUGAACCCCAUGUGGAGACGUUUAAAACUAAAUGGAUUCCAGCUAUAAAGGAUCAGUGGUUGGAGAUAACAACUUAUCUUGAACCGCAUGUGCAAUUGCUCUGCACGAAAACUGUCGAGGCUUAUGAGGCAUCUAAAAAUGCAAUAACUCCUCAUGUCAUCAAAGUGCAAGAAUUUGGCGAUCCUUACUUUCAGGUAGCCAAGAAGGUCAGCAAGCCAUAUAUUGAUCAAGUUGCGGCUGUGACAAAACCACAUGUUGAUAAUGUGAAAGUUGCCUUAAAACCCUAUACAAAGAAAGUAGUUCGUGGAUAUGGCAAGUUCCUUAAGUCUGCAACUACUUACCAUCAGAAGGUCCAAGACACUGUGCAGGAGAAGUUGAAGAAUCAUGAGCUUACAAAACCUCUUGCAACUAAGGAGUUGGUGUGGUUUGCAGCCUCUGCUUUGUUGGCCUUACCCAUCAUCUUUUUGUUUAGAAUUUGUUCAGCCAUAUUCUGCAAGAAGGCAAAGAAACCCAUUCGAAAUGGUCAUACAAACCACCAUCCACGUCGCAAGCCAAAACGAGGGCACCCAGACAAGUAGAGUAGCGUGUGUUAGUCCGGUGGUGUUCAUUUGGAAUAUGUUCACGAUGGGGGUUUGGGUGGGCUCUCAGCUGGUGAUUUUUGGGACAUUUUAAGUUCAGUCUUUGCCAAAGAACUCUUUGACGUUUUUUUUUUUAAGCUCUUAACCUUUUUGUGAAAAGAGAAAAAAAAAAAAAAUUAAAAAACCUCUCACCACACAUGUUAGAUAUUUUACAGAGCUGGCAGUUCGUGUAUCAUGGAGGUGUGUUAUUCUUGUUGUUAGUUGUGUAUUUUUUUCUCAUCCAAAUUCUUCUAAAUUAGAGCUUUGCAUUUGUUUGUUCAUUAGAAUAUUAUUUGCUCUCAUCGGGUAAUGAACUUAGUUUGAAUUUGAAUUA